AUUUUAUUCAAACACGGUUUCUUGCUGAUUGUGGUAUCUUUUGUUCAGUGUAUCCAGUGUAAAUGUUCAGUUAGCACAGAAAAUUUUGAUUUUAGGUUCUCCGCUUAGAGUAGGUUAGGUAGUUAAAAUGUCUGGAUUAGUAAGGGGAAAGUUAGCUUUCGUAACAGGCGCUGGCUCAGGAAUUGGUCGAGCAACAUGUCAAGUCUUAGCUCGAGAAGGUGCACAAGUAGUGGCCGUUGAUCGAAAUUUAAAAUCUGUAGAGGAUACAAUUGGUACAUUGCAAACAUCAAACAGCAAUGGGGGUAGCCCUCAUAGUAGCCAUUUGGUGGAUGUGUCCAAUUGUAAUAGCAUUAAGAGUUCGUUGAAGCAAAUUUUAGAAAAAUAUAAAAAGCCGCCAUCUAUUGUGGUGAACUGUGCUGGUAUAACACGAGAUAAUUUUAUAUUAAAGUUAUCUGAGGAAGAUUUUGAAGAUGUUAUCAAUGUUAACUUAAAGGGCACGUUUCUUGUCAUGAAAAUAUUCGCCCAAGCAAUAAUAGAAAAUAACGUCCAAGGCGCAAGUUUUGUUAAUAUCGGCAGCAUAGUUGCUAAGUUUGGUAACAUGGGCCAAGCAAAUUAUUGCGCAAGCAAAGCUGGCGUUGUACUCGUCACUAAAACUGCUGUAAAAGAAUUUUCGAAGUAUGGAAUUCGGUUUAAUACGGUAUUACCUGGUUUUAUUUCGACUCCCAUGACGGACCUGGUUCCAGCAAAAGUUAUGAAGAAAGUUAUCCCUCUUAUAGCUUGUGAAAGAAUUGGCCAUCCAGAAGAGGUUGCCGAAGUGAUAGCCUUUUUGGCAUCCAGUAAAUCUUCCUAUAUUAAUGGAGCUUCAAUCGAUGUCAAUGGAGGAGAGAUGGUAUAGAACAUAAAAAUAUCUUUGGAAUUGCUAAUGUAAAUAAAUGUUUCACUGAUCACCUCUUAUGCAUUAGAUAUUUAUAAUUUUAUUAUUUUUAAUGUUGUUAUAUCUAAAAAUAUAGGUAUAGGUAUUUCAUAUAAUGGGAACAUGUACACAUUUUCUGUGUAAAAUAAAUAGUAAUCGUCUGAUACAA